GCAACAUUGGCUGUCAACGGAGCGACAACUCCUUGGUUUUUGUUAGCUGUCACACCAGUUGCUAUUCUGUACUUCUUCAUUCAGAGGUUUUAUGCAGCGACAUCUAGACAACUGAAGCGACUAUCUUCUGUAACUCAGUCACCUAUGUAUUCACACUUCGGCGAAAGUGUCAUGGGUGGACCUACGAUCAGAGCUUUUCGACUCCAAGAUGACUUCAUUGCUGAAUCUGAGCAGAAAGUUGAUACCCAUCAACGCUGUUUCUAUCCGAGCAUGAACAGCAACAGAUGGCUGGCCAUCAGAUUGGAGCUGAUCGGAGCAGUUUUGGUUUUCUUUGCGUCGAUUUUCGCCGUUCUUGGAAGAGAUACUUUGAGCGGUGGUUUGGUUGGAUUAUCCGUCACUUAUGCCAUGGGGGUUGGAAUUGUGGGCAGAACAGGGGCUGGUAAAUCCUCAUUAACUCUGGCCCUGUUUCGCAUCAUCGAACCCACCCAUGGGUCCAUCGUCAUCGACGGAAUCAACACCAAAAAUGUCGGUCUGGCAGAUCUUAGAUCUCGAAUCACCAUAAUCCCUCAGGAUCCAGUACUCUUUUCUGGUUCUUUGAGGAUGAACCUGGACCCGUUCAUGACUAAUGACGACGCCACACUUUGGUCUUCGUUGGAACACGCUCAUUUGAAAAGUUUUGUCAAGAGUCUGCCGAACGGUUUGGACCAUGAGGUUUCCGAAGGUGGAGCAAACCUAAGGGUCAUGGUGUUGAGCAAUGGGUCUAUUGAGGAGUUUGACAAUCCUGAGAAACUUUUGGAAAACCCAGACUCGCUGUUCACACAACUGGCUCGGGAUGCCGGACUUUUGAACUCCUCUGCAUCAGCAGUUCAGAAUGCUUCACCGGAAUCCACCUAAAUAAUUUAUUGAUGAAUUGAUCUAUGGAGUGAAUGACCUUCUAAAAGUUUUUUGCACCUGCACGCGCAGCUCGGAACAAAGAAAAUAAAAAAAAUUAUUUCGCAACCGAACAGAUGAGAAUUUCACUUCGCAGAGUGAUGAUGAGAAGCAUUUGGAAAAUACGUCAUAUGU